CCCUCUUACAAGCGUAUCUGUAUGUUUAAAACUUCCCAUUAUCCCUGGAAGAUACGGCUUUCAACCCUGGAAGAGUCUUUGUUCAAUGUUUCCUUCUCAUCAAAGUGAUGACUUCCUGUACGAAAUCUCUGAUAUUCCCCACUAUCAAGAUUUAAUGCAGCAAAAUCUGACAAUAUCUGGGGAAGGUUCGGCAGGGGGAAGUAAUCUCACCCAGAGAAUGGCAAAAGGCAAACGACAUAAAAAGUUCGUAGCUGCUGCCAACAGUAAUGAUGGGAAUGCUGCUGCCAAUAAUGAUGCUAAGAAGAUCAUGCGCAAGGAAAUCGAACGGCAAAGGAGGCAGCAAAUGGCCAAGCUCUAUGGAAAACUUCGAUCAUUGCUCCCUCUUGAGUCAAUACAGGGAAAGCGAGCUGUUUCCGAUCAUAUGAACGAGGCAGUGAAUUACAUAAGAUAUUUGAAGAAGAAGAUCCAAGAAUUGAGUGUCAAAAGAGAUAAGCUCAAAAAGUUGUCCAAUUUGAGUGCCUUUGAUCAAGGGAGUGCUAGUUCAUCUGAUAACUCCUCGCUGAUCAACUGUGUUGCCGUCCACCCUUAUAGGGGCGGAGUGGAGAUUGUGAUAAAUAGUGGCUUUGGAGACGAAAGCUGGCAUCUCUCUGCAAUGAUGCAAGCUAUUCGCGCAGAGGAGCUUGACGUUGUCCAUUGUAUCUCCAGCCAAACAAAUGAAGGGUUUUUGCACACUAUUCAGUCUGAGGUUAGUGAUCCAGCUCAUCGACUUGAUCUACCCGGUUUGCAAAGCAAACUAAAUGAUUUGAUCUCGUUUUGAGAUACGCUUCUCACUGAUGACGCUGUGUAGGCUGCUUCCAUUAUGAACUGCCACAAGCCCAUCUCCGAUAUCUGUAACUCAGCUUUUGGUACAUUGCUUUGCUAUUCUAUCUAGAACUUGGAACUAUCUGUAGUUGUGUUUUUGGUGAGUUCUUUGUGGAAUGAGAAAAUCUAAUAUCAAUGAUGCAACUCCUUGGGAAUUAACUAUUUGUAGGGAAUGUAUUGUGUUAACUUAGACAAAUAAAUCUUUGGAGGAAACUAUGGUCUG